AUGAUUGAACCACCUUAAGGACCUAUUCCAAGAGAAGUAGCCAAAUGGUUAGAUUCAUUAGAUUUGGCCUAUUAGGUUCGUAAUUUCAGGAGAGAUUUGGCUAAUGGGUAUGAUCAUAUCCUACAGUAGUUUCAUCGUGGCUGAAAUAUUAUCAAGGUAUUACCCAAAAGAAGUUAAUAUCUACACUGUAUAUAAUGAAUAAAAUCUGGAUAAAAAGCGUGAUAAUUGGGAAUAGAUUUCAAAGUUAUUGAAGAAAAAAGAACUUCAAGUUCCAUAAGAAGAAUAUGAACCCAUUUUUCAUUAAGCUCCAGAUGCAGCAUAAGCAUUUCUCUUUAAACUUUAUGAAUUCUUAACUAAAAAGAAAAUAGGCACUAUUUAUCCUGAUAAAGAUAAUAGAGACAUGAAAAAACAAGUUAAAUAACAAGCAACUUUGUAAAGAACUAAGCCAUUAAGUGUCUAACCUACAUAUGCAAGACCUACUGCAAAUACAAUUAUAAAAGAUAGAGAAAUUACAAGAGUUAUUGAUGAAAAUGAAAGGAAAAUGUUAACUAAAUAAGCUAUUGAAGAACAUGUUGAAAAAGUCAGAAAUGAUAAAAAAGAUGAUAACAUCAUUGAAUAUCUUAUUCUGAAAAGAAAAAAAUAAAUUGAAGAAGAAAUUAAAAAAUAAGAAGAAGAAUUACUAAAAAAAUAAAUGAAAUUUAAUAAAAAACUUGUUAAUUUAGAUUAAUCAAUUUCAUAAACUGGAUAGGAUGUUAAAGAAAUUUAAAUUAAUUGUUAUCAUAGUAGUACUAGCAAAAAAGCAAAAGAAUAAUAAGGUUAAUUAUUAGAGACUAAAGGUGUUAUUGAUUUCUUACAUGAAGCAUGUGCUUCCUUAUUUAAAAAAGAUCCUAUUAAAAAAGAUAUCUAAGAUUUAAAACUUGAACCUAAAGAAUCCUAAUAAAAUAAUGGUUAUUAAGUCAGUAAUCAAAAUGUCCAAUAUACAGCUGUAAUCUAAUAGCUAUUCUUAAGAUGUGAUGAAGUUUAAAAAAAGUCAUUGAAACUUCUACUAACAUAAUUUAUAGAUGUUCAUUCACAAUUAAUUCUAGAAUAAGUUUAGAGUAAUUUUAUAGGUAUUAUCAUAAUUUGAUAAUUUAGAUUUUAAAAGAUUCUUUUAAAUAUUUCUAAGACCUAUUCAAGUUUUGAAACCUACAUCAAAAACAUAUCAAUACAUUCUAGAAUUAAUAAGAUUUAUAGGUUCAAAACUUGUAGAAAUAGAUCCAAAUGAUACAUAAAUGAUGUUUGAAAGUAUUUUAUUAGAUUAACUAUUGUAAAUUGCAUUAAGAAAUCCAAAGAAGAGGGAAGAUAUUGUUUAACUAUUUUUUGUAUUCACACCUAUUAAUUGUGUGAAUAGAACACAAUUACUAAAAAGUAUUAAAAGCAAAUUAUCUACUGAUCUUAAUGCAUUCACUCUCAUAUUAAGUAUUUUAAUAUAAUCUGACUAUCCAAGUCAAGAUGAAGAAUUGUAUAGAUUUUUUCUCAAUUAUGCAUUUAAUUCAUUAGAUUCACCUUCUCCUCUUACAAGAGCUAAUGGUUUAAGAAUUAUCAAUUAGAUAUCUAGUUGGGAUUACUUUCCUGUUCUUUAAAAGAUCAAUAGAAUUCAAAGAUUAAUGAAUGAUUCAUGGUGGGAAGUUAGAGCUUAAGGUAUGUGUAUUUGUGCUGAUUUAUUAUUAUAAAUUGCUUAAAAUUCAAAUAGAAGUAUGGAUGAAUAAGAAAUCACAAUAGAUUUUGAAUAAUCAAAAUAAUUAUUAUUGGAUUUAAUUUAUUAAGUAUUUGUUGUUUCAACAACUCCAAAUGUAAUUAGAAUUGGAUUAAUUUACCUUGCUCCUGUUUUGUAGAUGUAUUCAGAACUGUGUCCUAGAUAUUUAGAGAUACUAUUAUCAGUUGAUUCUGAAAUCAGAAUAUCUGUUUUAAAUACAUAGGAAACAUUAAUUUAAUAAGUUGUAAAUGGUUGUAAUUCAUUUCGAUACAAGAUAACUGGAGCACCUAUUGAUUGGAAUAGUGUUGGUAUUGCCUAAGCUAUGGAUGUUUAUGUUAAAGAAAAAGACUUAUAAUUUUUUAAACAUGAACAUUUAGAAAUUAUUUAUGGAUGUUUACAUAAAUAAUUAUUGGAAUCUGAUGGUGAAAUUUGGCUUAAAAUAUUUGAGAAUACAAAAAGGCUUUUAUUUUUGGCUUUGUCAAAUGAAGAUUUAUGUUCAUUAGCCUAGGUAAUCUUAUAAAAAUUCUUUAUGUUUUAAACAAUUUAAUAAUAAGUUUUGGAUAAUUCCAAUGAAAUAUUUUAAAAGAUGCUAUAAUUGAUUUAUCAUCCAGAUGUUCAUUUAAAAUGUAAGGAAAAUUUAUUGGAAUUCUUCGCAUUUUUAUAAUAACAAGGGGUACUUAUAAAUUAUAAUCAAUUUUAGUUCUAAAAUUAUUGUUAUAAUAUUAUUAAACAAUUUUCUGAAAAGCAAAAGAAUAUGUUCUUAAGUAGUAAUUUGGUUGAAUUUAUGAAUAGUUUAGCUAAAGAAAAAAGAAGGGAAAUAUUGGGUGAUGAAAAUUAUUGA